AUGAUUCACCAGCGACGCACCGGAGGACGGCGGCCCCCCGGUUCUCAUCUCGGCUCAUGGGGGCGGCCGCUCGCUUGCGGCGGGGGAGGGGGCGGCGUGGCGAGAGGAGAAGCCGCGGGAGGGGGCGUCGCCGUCGGCGGGCCGGGAGCCGUCGUCGAAGUUCCGGGGAGUAGCCGAGGGGUCGUAGCGGAAGUUGCCGAUGGGUGCGGGCCUGGGGACGGAGAGGGUGGUGGCGAUGGACUUGCGGUCGAGGUUGGGGCGGGUGAGGAGGCUCCUGGCGGAGUUCUUGUUGCUACUCCUCCGGUGGUGGUCGGCGCCGCUUCUGUUGGGCCACGGGAGCUUCAGCUUGAGACGACCCCAACAGGAGAAGAGUGA